CUGAUUUUCAUCCUAAACAGAGGAUGACAUGGGCCUAAAUGAAGAUGAUGUUCUGGGAGAAGAGCCAGAGGACCUCACGAAAGAGGAUGCCAUCACUGAGGAUAAUAAAAAGAAAUCCAUAGUGUCUGAGGAGACGGCUGAAAAGAAAGUGGUAAAAAUCACACCCCCAGCGUCUGUGGAUGAGAGGGUACAGAAAAGAGCAGAACGCUUCAAUGUCCCUGCGUCAGCUGAUGACAAGAAGGCCAUACAUGCUGCCCGGUUUGGUUUGCCCGCUGCUGCACCUCCAACUUCCACCCCAGGUGUUACUGUGAAUAAAUCCACUGCGGUCAGCGUUGAACAGCUAAAAAAGUGAGCAGAGCGAUUUGGCGGGAACGUUUCUUCAGUUUCCAAGAAGGUCAUAGCUCCAGCAACACUGUUCCUGGCUGCAAAGGUUGAGGAACAGCCCCGCAAGUUGGAGCAUGUUAUCAAGGUGACCCAUGCAUGCCUCAACCCUCAGGACCCUUCACCAGACGUCCGCAGUGAUGUUGUGCCUCACCAGCUCGUUUUCUCCCGUUGUGCUGUUUACAAACACACAUGACUGGCUCAACUGUUCUGGGGAACUACGAUAAGCUUCGUCAUGUGACAGAACCACUAAUGAACAGGAUAAGGAUCCACGUGUUGCCGUCAUGCUGGGGCCGUUUGUCCCAGACUGCCCGUACCCAAGAGCCCAAGGCCUGUUCCUUCACCCAGCGGCCCUGCUCCCAGCCCCGCCUGGUGGGAAUUCUGCAUCAAACACGUCCUGGAGGACAAGAACGCCCCCUACGGACAGUGUAGUUAUGUGUCUAACAAGAAUGGCAAGCGCUUCCCGAAUGCAGCCCCCUAAGGUUGAAAAUAAAGAAUGGGUGACCUUCUGCGUGGAGCACUUUAGGUGGAAUGCCAUGGCUCUCCAGGCCCAGUUGAGGAAGGCCUCAUCUGGUCCCUUUCCUGAGGCCUUCCUAUCUCUGCUCAGUGGAUACAACUGCACUGAGAUCCAUGAGCAGGACAGUGGCCGCAGUGAAGCCAGCCUCAUCCUAGGUGUGAAAUGUUUCUGCACCAUCUUUUUUCUUUCUACACAUAUGCAUUGGCAACAUAUUUUAACCUCCUAUUUUAUUUAUCAGAGACCAUGCACAACAAAAUGUGUUGCACCAUAUUUAACAGCUCAUUUUUUACUCUCCGGUGUCCUGAUAGCUGUUCUUUUUUAUAAUAGUUGCUAUUCCAGGUAAAUUGGAGCAUUUACUAUUAAGUGCAUGGUCCCAUUCCUGUACAUUCCUCCACUGCAUUGAGCCAAGUCACAGUCCAGGGGAGCUGAUGAGGAUUGUCUGUCCAGCUGUCCUCAUCUACAGAGUGAGGGUGAGCAGGGACCACUCGCUCUUGACCAGACCUGUAGUGGAGACCCAGACAGUGAAGCUGACAGCAUUGACAAUAACCACAAGGACCCUCUUAAGUAAGACUGCAAUAUUCGGAUACUGUGUUCUCUACCACAUUACAUACAGUUGAAGUCGGAAGUUUACAUACACCUUAGCCAAAUACGUUAAACUCAGUUUUUCACAAUUCCUGACAUUUAAUCGUAGCAAAAAUUCCCUUAAUUAGGUCAGUUAGGAUCACCAAUUUAUUUUAAGAAUGUGAUGUCAGAAUGAUAGUAGAGAGAAUGAUUUAUUUCAGAUGUUAUUUCUUUCAUCACAUUCCCAGCAGGUCAGAAGUUUACAUGCUACCAAAUACUAAUUGAGUGUAUUGCCUUUUAAAUUGUUUAACUUGGUUCAAACGUUUCGGGUAGCCUUCCACAAGCUUCCCACAAUAAGUUGGGUGAAUUUUGGGCCCAUUUAUCCUGACAGAGCUGGUAUAACUGAGUCAGGUUUGUAUGCCUCCUUGCUCGCACACUCCUUUUCAGUUCUGCCCACAGAUUUUCCAUAGGAUUGAGGUCAGGGCUUUGUAAUGGCCACUCCAAUACCUUGACUUUGUUGUCCUUAAGCCAUAACUUUGGAAGUAUGCUUGGGGUCAUUGUCCAUUUGGAAGACCCAUUUGCGACCAAGCUUUAACUUCCUGACUGAUGUCUUUAGAUGUUGCUUCAAUAUAUCCACAUAAUUUUCCUGCCUCAUGAUGCCAUCUAUUUUGUGAAGUGCACCAGUCCCUCUUGCAGCAAAGCACCCCCAUAACAUGACGCUGCCACCCCCAUGCUUCACGGUUGGGAUGGUGUUCUUCGGCUUGCAAGCCUCCCCCUUUUUACUCCGAACAUAACGAUGGUCAUUAUGGCCAAACAGUUCUAUUUCUGUUUCAUCAGACCAGAGGACAUUUCUCCAAAAAGUAUGAUUUUACUUUUUUAUUUUUUAUUAUUACUUUCUUAGCUACAGUACACUUUCUUAGCUACAGACCUCAACCAUUUUAUAACAAGCAUGUCCAGAGAUACAACCUCUCUUAUCAUCACUCAGUGCCUGGGCUUACCUCCACUGUACCCGCACCCCACCAUACCCCUGUCUGCACGUUUUGCCCUGAAUCUAUUCUACCACGCCCAGAAAUCUGCUCCUUUUAUUCUUUGUCCCCAACGCUCUAGGCGACCAGUUUUGAUAGCCUUUAACCAUACCCUCAUCCUACUCCUCCUCUGUUCCUCGGGUGAUGUGGAGGUAAACCCAGGCCCUGCGGGUCCCCAGGCACCCUCAUUUGUUGACUAAUGUGAACGAAAAAGCCUUGG